UAGAACAUUCUAGACAUGGCUGACACCGGUGGCAUUGGUUUAACCAAGAAGAAGGAUGAGAAUUUUGGAGAGUGGUAUUCGGAGGUUGUUGUUCACGGUGAGAUGAUUGAGUACUAUGACAUCUCAGGAUGUUAUAUUUUGAGGCCAUGGACAAUGGCAAUAUGGGAGACCAUGCAAGCAUUCUUCAAUGCAGAAAUAAAAAAAAUGAAGAUUAAAAAUUGCUACUUUCCUUUGUUAGUCUUCCCUGCUGUUCUGGAAAAAGAGAAGGAUCAUAUAGCGGAGUCAGAGGUUGCUUGGGUCACAAAGUAUGGAAAAUCUGAUUUGAAAGUGCCUAUUGCAGUCCGUCCGACAAGUGAGACUGUUAUGUAUCCUUAUUACUCAGAGUGGAUUAGGGGGCACCGUGACUUACCAUUGAAGUUAAAUCAGUGGUGUAAUGUAGUUCGAUGGGAGCCUAGCAAUCCCACUCCAUUUAUCAGGAGUCGGGAGUUUCUUUGGCAAGAAGGCCACACAGCUUUUGCAACAAAGGAAGAGGCAGAUAAAGAGGUCCUUGAGAUAUUGGAACUGUACAGAAGGAUAUAUGAGGAAUAUUUGGCAAUUCCAGUUGUGAAGGGAAAAAAGAGUGAGAAUGAGAAAUUUGCUGGUGGUCUUUACACCACAAGUGUGGAGGCUUUUGUUCCAAAUACUGGCCGCGGCAUACAAGGCGCCACUUCACAUUAUCUGGGUCAAAACUUUGCUAAAAUGUUCGACAUUACUUAUGAGAAUGAAAAGGGAGAAAAAGCAAUGAUUUGGCAAAACUCUUGGGCUUAUAGUACUCGAACGAUUGGAGUGAUGGUAAUGGUGCAUGGAGAUGACAAAGGCUUGGUAUUGCCACCAAAGGUAGCAUCUACCCAGGCCAUUGUGAUUCCAGUGCCUUUCAAGGACGCUGAUACACAAGCCAUAUUUGAUGCCUGCUCGAAAACUGUGGAGGAGUUGAGUGAAGCUGGAUUUCGUGUUGAGGCUGAUUUGAGGGACAACUACUCGCCUGAAUGGAAGCAUUCACACUGGGAAUUGAAAGGUGUUCCUCUAAGGAUUGAAAUUGGACUAAAGGAUUUGGAGAAGAAACAAGUAGUCUGUGUUCGGCGUGACAACUCUGCGAAAGUGGACAUUCCUAUAGUCGACUUGGUCAAGGAAGUGAAAGACAUGCUUGAUAAAAUUCAACAAAAUCUCUUUGAUGUUGCAAAACAAAAACGAGAUGCUUCUGUCCAGGUUGCCAGAACAUGGGAUGAAUUCACGGUAGCCUUGAGCAACAAGAAAUUGAUCCUGGCUCCUUGGUGUGAUGAACAGGAAGCAGAAGAGGAUGUCAAAGCGAGAACAAAGGGUGAAAUUGGAGCAGCAAUGUCACUCUGCUCUCCCUUUGACCAGCCCCAACUCCCUGAAGGGACGCUUUGCUUUGCAUCCGGAAAGCCAGCAAAAAAGUGGACCUACUGGGGGAGGAGCUACUAAUUAAAUCAAUUUUGAAACUCACUUCAGUGGUUAAUUUCUGCAGUUUAUAUCAAACAAAUACAGAAGCUAUAUGUCUGUCAUGUAGAAAUUAAGAUUUUGUUAUCCUGUUUCCACUUUCUUGUGAUGAUGUACGUGUUAUCUAGGUACCAAGUACUUUUGGUUUUAAUAUGAUUUUUAGUUUAAAACAACUUUCACAACAGAUGCUACCACACUAUUUGCAUUCAUCCGAUACCGAGUUAUUUUCAUUUGGAUGCUCCGCGUUUGAUGCUGAUUUGAGUUUGAAACCUUACUCUCUAGGUUGUUACUGUCUUAUUUGGACACUCCUCAUUUAAAGUUGAUCACAAGGACAGUGCUCUGCUGUUCUGGUACAUUAUGUAUUAUUGAACAGUCAACUCUGAUGCAUGAGGAUUUAAAUAGCUCUGUUUUUUUUUUCUCAAUCUAUAUAUAUAGCUCAAUUUCGUAAAUAUAUGGGCUAAUCCCCGAUCCAAGACAAAAUUUUCAAUUUUUUUUUUUUUUUUUUCACAUGGCAUGGGGAGAUUCAAAGAGAACAUGAAAUGUUGAAUUGCCUUGAUAUACCUUCAGAAAGACGCCAAAGAUUGAUGAGCUGAAGUGUAAGCCUUCAAUUCACACUAAUUAGGAGGGCAUCUCCUCCAGUCAUGUGUUAAAAAUUAAGCUUGAUUGCUUUGCUUGCUUCUUAAUCUUGAAUAUAAAUCAGAGUAAGAAAAAAACGUAACUCGAACGAAUCAAAUCCAGAAGAUGAACCUUCAGAGAGAGUACACAAUCUAAAAUGAAGAACAUAUUACAUUGUGAGGAUCAAGUCAAGAAGUAAAUAAUGCAACACUUUGGCAACUCAAAGAGCUCUGGCAAUUCCUCUGUCAUAAAGUAUGAUUUCCAAGAUCAUCCAUCAAUAUUUAUACAUGGUGAAUGAAACGUGAAAUGUAAUAUAUGAAAACAAAUGCAGUAGGUACACCCAUGAACUUUUUACAUAAAAAUCUUAUAUAAGAUUGUUUGAUUUAGCAUAGUCUAAUAGAGUUGAAAACAAACAAAGUAUGAUGGACCUGAACAAAACAAUGACAUGAUUCUAUGAAGCCUGCAUAUUUCCAAUAUAGAUGAAUCAGUUUCACCAAAUCCAUUUUCUUCACUAGCUCCAACUCUCUCUCUACC